AUGUCUUCGGCUUCCUCUGCUCCCCUCCAAGCUCUGCUUAACUGCGCCCGCGAUACCCGCGCCCAGCAGCCCGAAUCCUCCUCCUCGAGGCUUGCCCUGGAUUUCCUCUGUACGACGCUCGAAGGCUCCGCGCCCCUGUUAGAUGGCCUUGACUCGGGCACUCUAUCCAUGCUCGAUAAUCACUACGACACAUGUCGUGGGGCGAUCAACUCGAUAGUCGACAUCCAGAACGACUACCAUAGGCAGAUGCAGACAGCGAGAGACAAACUGUCGCGGGCAUCGAUCCAGCUGCAGUCCGCGCUGCAGCAGACGCAGCUGAGAAGGAGAGACAUCUGUCACUAUGGAGCGGGAUGCAGACAGUUCGGCUGCGAGUAUCUCCAUCCCGACGCGCCGCCCUGCCGAAACGGUGCUACUUGCAGAGACCAACCGUGCCCCUUCAAGCAUCCCAACACCGCGCCGUGCCAGUUUGGGGGAGACUGCACAACCCCGGGGUGCACCUUUGGCCAUCCUCAAGCCGUCAAAUGUCGCUUCGGGGCAGGCUGCAAGACGCCUGACUGUAGCUUCACCCACCCCGAGCCUCCUAAAUGCCGUCAUGGAGCGGGCUGCAAGAGCAAGAAUUGCAAGUUUUCUCAUCCCGAAGCCGUUGACUGUCGGUUUGGGGCAGGCUGCAAGACGCCGGGCUGCACCUUUACCCACCCCGAUCCAAUCGACUGCAAGUUCGGGCAAGAUUGCCGUCGCAAAGAUUGCAAGUUUGCCCAUCCUCCACCGCCGUCUCCGCCUCCUUAUUCCAAGACGCCCAAGGAAGCUGAAGGCGGCUCCCCGGCGCCGAGAGGCAGACAUGGUAGAGGGGAGUCCAAGGGAAAUUUGAAAGGGAACUCCAAAGAGGUCUCUGAAGAGCACUCCAAUGAGAACUCCAAGGGCAGCCCCAAGGGCAACUCCAAUAAGCGCCGACCCAAGUCUACCGUUAUUCCAGAGAGACAAUCACGGGAAUGA